CACAUCAAAAUCAAACAAGAAGAAGAAAAACAGAGAAACAAAAGAGAAGAGAAGAAAAUGGGAGUGCAGAACCAGAACAAUGCCCAUGUAGUAGUUCUCCCCUACCCAGCACAAGGUCACAUAAGCCCCCUCAUCCAAUUCGCUAAGCGAUUAGCCUCCAAAGGUGUCAAGGCCACAUUCGCCACCACUCACUACACCCUCAGCUCCAUCACCGCCGCAAACAUCGCCGUGGAACCCAUCUCCGAUGGGUUCGACGAGGCGGGGUUCGCUCAAGCCAAAGAUGUGGGACUCUUCCUCACAUCAUUCAAAACUAAUGGCUCAAGAACACUGUCUCAGCUCAUUGAGAAGUUUGAAAACACCACCUCCCCUGUUACCUGCAUUGUCUAUGAUUCCUUUCUGCCGUGGGCUCUUGAUGUGGCUAAACAACAUGGUGUUUAUGGAGCUGCCUUUUAUACAAACUCAGCUGCGGUUUGCAACAUCUUUUGCCGCAUACACCAUGGUUUGCUUGAGCUUCCUGUGAAAAUGGAGGAUCUUCCAUUGGUUGUUCCUGGUAUUCCUCCAAUGAAUUGCAGAGAUCUUCCGAGUUUCAUAAGGUUCCCGGAGAGUUACCCUGCAUACAUGGCGAUGAAGCUGAGCCAAUUCUCUAAUUUGAAGAGUGCUGAUUGGAUGUUUGUCAACACCUUUGAAGCAUUGGAAAGCGAGGUGGUGAAAGGGUUGACCGAUCAUUUUCCUGCUAAGAUGAUUGGUCCAAUGGUUCCUUCUGCUUACUUGGAUGGAAGGAUUAAAGGGGACAAAGGCUAUGGAGCAAAUCUAUGGAAGCCACUGGGAGAAGAGUGCACCAAAUGGCUGGAAUCAAAGCCAGCUCAAUCUGUUGUUUAUGUCUCCUUUGGAAGCAUGGUUUCCUUGACAGAUGAACAGAUGGAAGAGGUGGCUUGGGGAUUGAAACAAAGUGGCAUGAGUUUCUUGUGGGUUCUCAGGGAAGCAGAGCAGAGCAAAUUGCCAAUUGGGUACAGAGAUUCUGUGAAGGAAAAGGGCCUAAUUGUGACAUGGUGUAACCAGCUAGAAUUGCUGGCUAACCAAGCCAUUGGCUGCUUUGUGACACACUGUGGUUGGAACUCAACACUUGAGAGCCUUAGCCUUGGGGUUCCAGUGGUGUGUUUGCCACAGUGGGCUGAUCAGUUGCCUGAUGCAAAGUUUUUGGAGGAAGUGUGGGAGGUUGGUGUGAGGCCUCAGGAAGAUGAGAAAGGAGUUGCGAGGAGGGAAGAGUUUGUUAAGUGUUUGGAGGUUGUUAUGGAGGGUGAAAGAAGCCAAGUGAUUAGAGGGAAUGCUGGUAAAUGGAAGAAUUUGGCUAGGGAAGCAGUUAGUGAAGGAGGGAGCUCUGACAAGAUCAUAGAUGACUUUGUGAAUUGUUUGAUUAGUGCAGAUAAGAAUGGAGAUUUGAAGGGCUUCUAGAAUGGAUGUUCUCAUCACAAAACAAAAGAUUUUUUAGAUGUUGGUUAUUGAUGUAAUAAAAGUAGUUGCUAGAAGCUUGUAGAUUGGCUAGAAGCUUGUAGAUUGGUCACAAAGCUUGUAAUCAUGGAUCUUUUGUGGUUUUUUAUUUAUCAAAAUUUAUGUGACUGUGA